AUGGCGGCGGCGGCGGGCGCCCCUCAGCCGGGUCCGCCGCAGCCGCCUCCGCCGCCGCCGCCCGAGGAGUCGUCCGACAGCGAGCCCGAGGCGGAGCCCGGCUCCCCGCAGAAGCUCAUCCGCAAGGUGUCCACGUCGGGCCAGAUCCGCCAGAAGACUGUCAUCAAAGAGGGGAUGCUGACCAAACAGAACAAUUCGUUCCAACGAUCAAAACGAAGAUACUUCAAGCUUCGGGGACGGACGCUGUACUAUGCAAAAACUGCCAAGUCGAUCAUAUUUGAUGAGGUGGACCUGACUGAUGCCAGCGUGGCUGAAUCCAGCACCAAGAACGUCAACAACAGCUUUACGGUCAUCACUCCAUGUAGGAAGCUCAUCCUGUGUGCCGACAACAGGAAGGAGAUGGAAGACUGGAUUGCAGCCCUGAAGACGGUGCAGAGCAGGGAGCACUUUGAGCCCACCCAGUACAGCAUGGACCACUUCUCAGGGACGCACAACUGGUACGCCUGCUCGCACGCGAGGCCCACCUACUGCAACGUGUGCCGCGAGGCCCUGUCCGGGGUCACGUCCCACGGGCUGUCCUGUGAAGUGUGUAAGUUCAAGGCCCACAAACGCUGUGCUGUGCGUGCGACCAGUAACUGCAAGUGGACCACGCUGGCCUCCAUCGGGAAGGACAUCAUCGAGGAUGAGGACGGGAUCGCCAUGCCUCACCAGUGGCUGGAGGGCAACCUGCCCGUGAGCGCCAAGUGCACGGUGUGUGACAAGACGUGCGGCAGUGUGCUGCGUCUGCAGGACUGGCGCUGCCUCUGGUGCAAGGCCAUGGUGCACACGGCGUGUAAAGACUCCCUGGUGACCAAGUGCCCGCUGGGCCUGUGCAAAGUGUCGGUCAUCCCACCCACCGCGCUCAACAGCAUCGAUUCCGAUGGCUUCUGGAAGGCCACCUGUCCUCCGUCCUGCACGAGUCCGUUGUUGGUCUUCGUCAAUUCAAAGAGUGGGGACAACCAGGGGGUGAAGUUCCUGCGAAGGUUCAAGCAGCUGCUGAACCCUGCCCAGGUCUUUGACCUCAUGAAUGGAGGACCACACCUUGGCUUGCGUUUGUUCCAGAAGUUUGACACGUUCCGGAUUCUGGUCUGUGGUGGAGAUGGCAGCGUUGGUUGGGUCCUCUCUGAAAUCGACAGCCUCAACCUUCACAAGCAGUGCCAGCUCGGGGUGCUGCCGCUCGGCACGGGGAACGACCUGGCUCGUGUGCUAGGCUGGGGCUCGGCCUGCGAUGACGACACCCAGCUCCCGCAGAUCCUGGAGAAGCUGGAGAGAGCCAGCACCAAGAUGCUGGACAGGUGGAGUGUCAUGGCCUACGAGACCAAACUGCCCCGGCCUGUUUCCUCUUCCGCCGUCACCGAAGACCUGAGCGAGGGCUCCGAGGUGCAGCAGAUCCUCUUCUAUGAAGACUCUGUCGCGGCCCACCUCUCCAAGAUCCUGACCUCUGACCAGCACUCCGUGGUGAUCUCGUCAGCCAAAGUGCUCUGCGAGACCGUGAAGGACUUUGUGGCGCGGGUGGGGAAGGCCUACGAGAAGACCACCGAGAGCUCGGAGGAGUCGGAGGUCAUGGCCAAGAAGUGCUCCGUCCUCAAGGAGAAGCUGGACUCCCUGCUGAAGACCCUGGACGACGAGUCGCAGGCCUCGUCCUCCCUGCCCACGCCGCCCCCCACCAUCGCUGAGGAGGCAGAGGACGGGGAUGGGGCGGGCGGUGGCUGCGGCUCCGGCUCCACGGGGGCCCGCGCCGUGGGCUCGGCCUGCCCCGCCCGGCCCCAGAUAUUCCGGCCUCGCGAGCAGCUCAUGCUGAGGGCCAACAGUCUGAAGAAGGCCAUCCGCCAGAUCAUAGAACACACAGAAAAAGCUGUGGACGAGCAGAACGCCCAAACCCAAGAGCAGGAGGGCUUCAUCCUCGGCCUUUCCGAGUCGGAGAAGAAGGACCUGAAGGUGGAUGACAGAGCAGGCCAUGGCGAGGGCCACGGCGCCUCCAAGGGCCGGAGUCUCCGCAGAGUGUCCAAGUCCCCCUGCGAGAAGCUGAUAAGCAAAGGGAGCUUGUUGCCGGGCGGUUCUGCAUCUCUUCCUCCGCAGUCAGGAAGCCGGGAUGGCCUACCAGCGCUGAAUACAAAGAUCUUAUUCCCGAAUGUCCGCGCCGGGAUGUCUGGUACCCUGCCUGGAGGCUCAGUCAUCAGCCGAUUACUAAUUAAUGCCGACCCCUUUAACUCUGAACCAGAAAACCUAGAGUAUUACACGGAGAAAUGUGUCAUGAACAAUUACUUUGGCAUCGGCCUGGACGCGAAGAUCUCCCUGGACUUCAACAACAAGCGUGAUGAGCACCCAGAGAAGUGCAGGAGUCGAACCAAGAACAUGAUGUGGUACGGAGUCCUGGGCACCAGGGAGCUGCUACACAGAACCUACAAGAACCUGGAGCAGAAGGUCCUACUGGAGUGCGACGGGCGCCCCAUCCCCCUCCCGAGUCUCCAGGGAAUCGCUGUCCUCAACAUCCCCAGCUACGCCGGAGGGACCAACUUCUGGGGGGGCACCAAGGAGGAUGAUACCUUUGCAGCCCCGUCGUUCGACGACAAGAUCUUGGAGGUGGUUGCGGUGUUCGGCAGCAUGCAGAUGGCUGUCUCCCGGGUCAUAAAGCUGCAGCAUCACCGGAUCGCCCAGUGUCGCACGGUGAAGAUCUCCAUCCUGGGCGAUGAGGGCGUGCCUGUGCAGGUGGACGGAGAGGCCUGGGUCCAGCCCCCGGGAUACAUCCGCAUUGUCCACAAGAACCGGGCGCAGACCCUCACCAGGGAUCGGGCCUUUGAGAACACCCUGAAGUCCUGGGAGGACAAGCAGAAGUGCGAGCUGCCCCGUGCCCCGUCUUUCUCCCUGCACCCGGAGAUCCUGUCCGAGGAGGAGGCCACCCAGAUGGACCAGUUCGGGCGGGCGGCGGGAGCCCUCAUCCACAGCAUCCGGGAGCUAGCGCAGUCCCACCGGGACGUGGAGCAGGAGCUCGCCCACGCCGUCAACGCCAGCUCCAAGUCCAUGGACCGAGUGUACGGCAAGCCCAGAGCCACAGAGGGGCUGAGCUGCAGCCUCGUCCUGGAGAUGGUGAAUAACGUCCGAGCCCUGCGCAGCGAGACGGAGCUGCUGCUUGCGGGCAGGCUGGCCCUGCAGCUGGAUCCCCCUCAGAAGGAGCGGCUCACGGCUGCCCUCGCCGAGAUGGACCAACAGCUCAGGAAGCUGGCGGACACGCCAUGGCUGUGCCAGCCCAUGGAGCCUGGUGAUGAAGAGAACGUGAUGCUGGAUCUUUCCAAGCGCAGCCGCAGCGGUAAAUUCCGCCUGGUGACCAAGUUCAAGAAGGAGAAAAACAACAAGAACAGAGAAGCGCGCUGCAGCCUGGGCGCCCCGGUGCACCUCUGGGGCACAGAGGAGGUGGCUGCCUGGUUGGAGCACCUCAGUCUCUGUGAGUAUAAGGACAUCUUCACGCGGCACGACAUCCGGGGCUCUGAGCUCCUGCACCUGGAGCGGAGGGACCUCAAGGACCUCGGUGUGACCAAGGUGGGCCACAUGAAGCGGAUCCUGUGCGGCAUCAAGGAGCUGAGCCGCGGCGUCCCUGCCGCCGCCGCCGCCGAGGCCUAG